UUACGGUAAAGAAAUCGAAUGACUAUAGCAUAAAGAACGCCAGUGCAACGUUGAAUUGAUGAGUGUGUAAUAAAGUGUUGGGCGUUGUCGUUUAUUCUUUUUUAUACCUGCCUUUUCGGCGGUAUUAAAAAACAAUGGAUUUUUUUAUAAAAAUGAAGUGCAAUUGUUAUUUUUUUAGUGCCUCUCUUCUUUGGAUUUUUAUAAUUUAUCUUCAAAAUGUUCAAGCUGGACAAAAUGACACAAUUGUCACUUGGUGCACUGUGUCAAAGGAGGAAUUUGAAAAGUGUAAACAAUUUUCGAACGUAACAAUGAAAGAUAGAGCAUACUUUGGUGCACACUUUAUUCAACUGAAUUGCACUCAUGCUUUUAAUAAAGAAGAAUGUAUGUUUCUUCUUGAUCAAGAAAAAGCACAAUUAACCACUCUGGAUCCCGGUGAAGUGUUUACAGCAGGAAGAUAUCACAGUUUAAUUCCAAUAAUGAAGGAAAUUUACGAAAAUAAAUUAAAUUAUCAAUAUGCAGUUGCAGUUGUUAAGAAAAACACUUUAACUGAUGUCUCGAGUCUUUAUAAUUUACGUGGCAAGAAGGCAUGUUUUCCUGGUGUGGGAAUAUUGGGUGGAUGGGUCAUUCCACUAAAUCAGUUGUUAAAAAACGGAGGAAUGGAAAUUCAUGACUGUAAUAAUCACGUGAAGUCUGCAAUUCAAUAUUUUGGACCAAGUUGUGCUGUGAAUUCGCUGAUCGACAAAUACAAUCCAUUAGGUGACAACUCUCAUCAACUCUGUAACUUGUGCAUUGGAAAAUUACCUGGUGGUAAAUGCACCAAUGCAGAUCCUUAUUCUGGUUACGAAGGAGCGUUCCGCUGUUUGUCUGAAGCUGGAGACAUUGCUUUUCUAGUUCAUACGACCGUACAAGAAAUGACAUCGAAAACAUACGAAAAUUCUCUACAUACGAAAAACGAUUACGAAUUACUUUGUUUGGAUGGAUCACGAAGGCCAGUGGAUGAAUAUCGCAUUUGUAAUUGGGGUGAAAUUCCAUCGCGAGCAAUUGUCACAUCUUCAGCGACAAAUCAUUUUACAAGAAAAUUGUAUCAAAGAUUUUUAGAGAAAGCAGCUCGACGUUAUUCGACAGAGAGGCAUAAUUCGACUUAUGAUUACAAUAGUCGACCUGAUUAUUCAUCGAAUAAUAACUCAGGUUAUGAUAGAAGAAAAUAUUAUGGCAAUAAUAAUAAUAAUAAUCCCUCUGGAUACAGUAAUUACGAUAAUCCAAAUGAAUUCGGCAAUAUGGACUAUCGUGAAGGAUUUGAUGGAUAUCAGAAUAAUGACGAUAGAAGAUAUUCAACUGAAGCGCCGUUUAUCAAAAAUCCUGAUAAUUUCAAUUUGUUUGAAUCGCCAUCGAAUUAUUCAAAGCACAAUCUUCUCUUUUCCGACGUAGCCAGAGAUUUUGUCUCCUUACCAGAGAAAAGUCAAAUCUAUUCGGAAUAUUUGGGAAAGAACCUUGAUUACGUUCUGGCGUUGAGGAACUGUCCUGUUAAUAGAAUGAAAAUUUGCGUAACAUCAGAUCCCGAAUUGGCAAAGUGUUUCAAAAUGAAGAUUGCUUUGGAUGCACAAUUAUUGAAGCCACAAGUUGUAUGCCACAAGGGUUACAGUCACAUUAACUGUAUGCGCGAAAUAGAAAAGGGAUUUGCCGACGUUGCAGUAUUGGAUGCGAGCGAUGUUUACACUGCCGGUCUACGCUUCAAUUUAAUUCCUUUUAUUUCCGAAGUGUACAAUCUUGGUUCUCCUGAAUAUUACGUGGUCGCCGUUGGAAAGGAAGACGAUCCCGAUACGGAUUUAACAUAUUUGAAAAAUAAAUACACUUGUCACACUGGAAUUAAUACGGCUGCUGGUUGGGUCUAUCCUCUUUCCUAUUUACUCACCAACAGAUGGAUGAGAGGAUAUGGCUGCGAUUCGGUUCGCGCUGCUGCUGAAUAUUUCACGAAAUCUUGUGUACCUGGAGCCCUCAGUCCAGAAUAUAAUAUAGGAGUGCCUUAUGACAACAUGUGCGACCUCUGCCACGGAACAGACAACAAAUACUGUCGAAGAGAUCAUUCUGAAGAUUACUUUGGCUAUACAGGAGCUUUCAGAUGUUUAGUGGAAGGUGGAGGCGAUGUUGCUUUCGUGAAGCACACAACAGUCGCAGAAAAUACGGACGGCAAACGAAAGGAAUGGUGGGCUCGUAACACUUUUACAAGAGACUUCCAACUUCUCUGUCCGGAUGGAACACGUCGCUCGACUCACAAAUAUAAAGAAUGUAAUUUAGGAAAAGUCGCCGCCAACGCAAUUGUCACACGAGGAGGAGAGGCCUACAACGAGACACAAGUUAACGCAUUCAUUAAUCUUUUUAUUUACGCCCAACAAUUCUAUGGAAGAAAGGAUCAGGACGACUUUAGCUUCAGUAUGUUCUACAGUGUUCCCCCGUACAGUGAUUUAAUAUUUCAAGACGCAACUCAACAGUUGGUUGUCAUUCCAAGGGAGAAACGUGAAUAUAGCUCUUAUUUAGGUCCAGAUUUUAUGAGAGCAAGAAGAGUCGUUGAUUGCGCCGCCGGAGCUUCAUCAGUAACAUAUUCUUUAUUGGGAACUUUUACCAUGAUCACUCUUGCUUUACUUUUUAGCAGAUAAGUAUUUUUCAUAAUGAUCAAAGUUCAAUUUAUCCCUCAAAAUUUUUGAAAUAAAUUUUCAAAAAUUCCUGUUCUCCAAGAAACAAAGAAAGCCAGUAGAAUUUCAAAAAAAUACUCCUUGAUAACGAAAAAAAAAUCGUUUUUGAAUCUCAAAUUUUACAAACAAAGAGAAAUUCUACAAGACUGUAUUUAAUAGUGUACAUAAACUAACUGCCUACGUCUGAUACCAAAACAAUUUUCUUCGAAAAUUAUUUUCAUUUGCAAUUAAAAUUAAAAAUUUAAAGAAAAAUGUAUUUGGAUCAAAGACUUGAAAUUGAAUUUACAAAGUAGCUGAAAUCGAUAAAGUUAAAGUCCACAAAAAAUUGAUGAAUCUAUUCGAAUAUUACUUUUAAGAAAUGUAGAAAAAUUGAAAGUCUCGUUCAAAGAACCGCUAAAAAGCUAAAAUAUAUUAAAAAUUAAAGUUUUAAAUCAUAAUUUUUAAAGGAACUUUUUCGUAACAAGAAAUUGAAAUUCCGAAUUCUUUUUUAAUUUAGGAAGGAAGGAGUUUGAGUUUUAGAAAAUUAUAACGUUGUGGACUUGAACUUUUGGUUGAAAAUUGUCCGUCGGCUAAAUUUUAUAAAAUAAAAGUUAGUCUUUUAAUAGAAUGUGGAGAUUUUAAAACAACUUUAUUUGAACAACUUUAGAGAAUUAGACUUCUUAUUUACAAAUUUUUAAUGCUCUUUAAAAAGAACUUUUAUACAAAAUUAUUGCUUUGUAUAUAUUUUAUACACAUUCAUAAAGUACAAGUGACUAUGAGUCAAAAACUAUGUAGUUUGUAGAUAUAGUUGAAAAUAGUUAAACUUACAUUUUAUAUUGUGCCUUUGAAACAAAAAGAUGUUAAUAAGAAGAAAAUAGUUUCUAAUUAUUAAUUAUACAUUAAAUUUACGUUUUAUAUUAAUAAAUCCGUCCAUUUUUAAUAUUUGAAUGUAAUUUUUAUAUAUUGUACUUCUAUUUUAAUGUACUAUGCCGUCCAUGGAAAA